AUUGUUUUGUGUGUGGUUGAGGAGAGGGUGUGCACCAACACGGAGCAGAGCAGCGCCGCAGAGAGGAGAGCAUCGUCACCGCUAUCACAACCGCACGCACGGCAGCGUCAUGUCUGCGACGGUGUCGAGUCUUCGGCGAGAGCUGAAGCAAGCCAAGGAAGCCCUCGAGCAGCGCAAAGGCGAAAUCGAGGAGCUCAAGCGCAAGCAUCGCCUCGACUUGGACCGUCAACGCAAGCAGUUUGAACUCAAAUAUGGCGAAGCAUCAUCGCACCUCAGUUCUCCACGCCAGACGCCAACAUCCACGCCGACCCACACCCUCAAGCGCUCAGUGACAUUUGCAGAUGGCACCAGCCCGGCAAAGGCUGAUCUCAAGCACACCGUGCAGCAGCAGGAACACGAAAUUGCUCGGCUCAAAGCUGAAGUGCAGCACCUUCGAGGAACAGGCCACUCGAUUGUGAUUGAGGAGGACGGAAGCGGCGCACAUGAAUUGCGGCGUUCGCACGAGGCGCUCGUAGCGGAGAAGCUGUCGCUCGAAUGGCGAUUCUCAAAGCUGUACCGCAAGUAUGACCGCGCUCACCGCGAGAACGUCGUGCUCGUCACGCGCGUCGAAUCCUUGGAGCGCGAACUGGCUGCCCUCAAGGAGGGCAAGCCGUCGCCUGAGGCUGAUGCUGCUGUUUCGCGCGCAAAGGAGUUGGAAAAGAAGGUCGCCGACCUCCAAGCGCAGCUCAAGACUGCACAGCAACAAGCUGCUGCCGCGGCCCCGAAGCCGUCCCAGCCGGAUGCAUCGAAUCAGGAGCUGCACAUGAAACUUGCAGAGACCGAGGACGCCCUCCAGAACGCACAGGUUGUUGCUGCUGGCAUGGCUGCGCGCAUCUCAGCGCUUGAAGACGCCGGCGCCGCCGCUGCCCGCGCAACACAGGAGCGCGACACAGCCCUUGCGGAAAUUGCCCAACUCAAGGCUGCCCUCAACGACAAGCUUGGGAUUUCAAUGGACGACGUGACGAACCUCGAUGGCCUGGACCACGAGCAACUCAAGCGUGUUGCCGGUGCACUGAAGCGGCGGAUGGCGGUGCUGGAACUGGACAACACGCGACAGCGCGCAGCACAGGCGCAGUUACAGCGGCAGCUCUUUGACGCGCAGUGCAAGGUUGGCGAAGCAGCAGCGAAGCUGCAGGCAACCGAGGAAACGAGCACAGCACGCGUGGACGCCAUCCAAAGACGGCUGUUUGAGGCUGAGCGCGCUGCCGCACAUCCACACGACACAUCUGCGGCUGCCCAACUGAAGCUCGAGAAUUACGAUCUCCACGCUCAAGUGCGCGGCCAAACAGAGGCGCUGAACGAAAUGACGGCCAAAGUCAACGCCGCCACUGCCGACCGGGAUGCGGCAAAGACGGCGGCUGUGCAGGCGGAGGCGCAGCUGAAGGCUCUGCAGCUGGAGAACGAGCACCUUCGCCAGAUGCGGCAGCAGCUUGUUGCGGACAUGCGCGGGCACACGGACCAGGCAGCAGCGGACCGGGCACUGCUGGCCGCCUUCCAGCGCGAAGCAGACGAGGCCGCUGCCAUGGCUACGCGCCUCCUCAUGGACAACGCGGAGCUGCAGGCAAAGAUUGAGGGCGAGGCAGCUGAUCGAGAGGCGCUGGCUGGGGUGUUUGCCCACGCCGCUGCCCAGCAGGCCCGGGCAGACCGCCUGCAGGCUGCUCUUGGCUUCGUUGAUGAUGUCGCCACCGCUGCUGCAGCCACCGAGGUUGUCGCCACGCCCGACGACGCGGACAACGUCGGUGACAGCACAGCCAAACAGCAGCAGGAGCAGCAGCAGAAGAAGAAGGGUGCAGGUGAUGAGGGUGAUAUGGCCCCGCCGGCUGCGCUUGCGGAACGGCUCGCUGCUGCCCUGCACGAUGUUGAUGCAGCUGCUGGCCUGACGCCGCGUCGCCGCAUCGCACACCUCGACUGGCGUGACGGCGCCAGUGCUGAGGCCGACGUUAACAGCAACAGCAGAAGCAGCAGUGCUGAGGCGGCUGCAUCUCCAGCGCAACAGAAGCUGGCCGCCGCCCAGUGGCGUGCAGCUGCCGAGCAAGCAAAUGCCCGCCGCCUGGCCAAGGACGUGGAGAAGGAGCGCGAACGCAGGCGCACGGGCGAAGCCAUUCUCCGCCAAGAACUCGCCACGGCCAACGCAAAGGAGGAUGAUGCGCGCACACGCCUGUCGCGAGCACUGUACGCGAACGAGCUGCUGUGUGCGGCCCAGCCUGCGACCGCCGCCCUCGCCAACGCGGAGCAAGAUCGCGACCUGCACGCGCACCGGGUGGAGGAGUUGCAGACGCGCGUAGGGGAGCUCACCGCCCUUACUGCCGAGCUUCGUCAAACUGCAACGGAAGCGCAGCUGCGCGCUGCUUCUGCGGCCCAGGAGCUUGAGCAAGCCCGUGCUGCACUUAAGUCGCGCGUGCGCCGGCCCAUUCCCUCCAGACAGUCAUCAACGAGCCAAGGGCUGGCGCGCACAUCGCCCACACCGCUCACGCGCGGUGGCAGCGGGUCCGGCCGUGCCACGCCGUCCUCUCCGCUGGUCGUCGGGGUGAGCGCCACCAAUCUGCUCGCGUCGUCCCCUCCGCCCGGUGGUGCGGAUGUGCAGGCGUUGGAGAGGGCGCUGGCAGACUUGGAGGCGGAGCACGACAACGAAAAGCUGCAAGCUGCUGGGGCGCACGGGCGGCUGGUUGCUGCUGAAGACGGGCUGGCGCGACUAGGAGCAGCAGAGGCCAACGCGCUCAUUGAACGCAUGCGCGCAGACAGGUUGGAGCGCGAGGUGGAGGUGCUUCGUAAACACAACCAGCAGCACCAGCAGCACCAGCAGCACCAAGUAAGCCAACAGCAGCGAGAGGGCGGCGAUGACGCCACGCACGGCACAGUGGCGGCACUGGAAGGAACGGUCAGCAGGCUCGAGCAGGACAUGCUGGCAAAGGACUCCCAUGCGCAGGAGCUUGAGGUUCGCCAUCGCGUUGAGCAGCAGCAGCUGGCAGCGCAGCUAGAAGCCGCCUCGGCGCGCGCCGACCGCCUGGCCCGCCGUCUUGAGGCCCAGUCGUCCUCAAAGGAGAACACGCCAUCUAACACCAACGGCGACAGCAGCGCUCUCGCAACCCAGGUUGACGAGCUGAAGCUCAGCCUCUCGGCCACGAUUCGUGAGCUGGAGGACGCACGUGCACAGCUGGCGCAGCUGCAACAACAGCAGCAGCAGCAGCAGCAGCAGCAGGCGGAGCAGGGCGACAGCACGAGUCGUGCGUCGGCCUCACCACAGUCAUCGAAGCUUGCUGCCUUGGACCUGUCCAACAUGUCUGAUGGUGAUGCCGACAUGGAUGCGUUGCGGCAGUUGAUUGACGAGGCGUGUGGCACUUCCGAGGCGCUUGCGGCUAACCUUGCCACCAUGCAGCACACACCACGCCAAGUCUCUGCAGAAGCAGACAAACUUGCGCAAACGCUGGAAGUGGCGCAGCGGGUGGCGGCCCGCCUUGAGCAGCAACAGGACAGCACCACACCGGAUGAGGUGACGGAGGUGGAAAAAGCGCAGCGUGCAUCGGCGUCGGCAGAGACGGAGCAGCUGCACUCUGACCUCCGCCAGGCCCGCGACGAAAUCACAAAGCUCACAGACGACAACGACAUACUCGCAAACGAGGUGGAGGCGAAACAAGCGCAGGUGGAUGACCUGAAGCGCAACAUGCACGAGAUGGCACAGCAGAUUGCCAAUGGCGGUGGCGAAAGCGUUCCCCUCGCAGACUACCGGCAAGUGCAGGAUGUGCUGCGGGACACGGAGAAGCGGCUGCACGAGCAAGAAAAGGCCAAUGCCACAAUGGGCGCUACCGUGGAGGCGUUGGAGGCGCGCGUACAGGCAGCCACACAGGCCCAGGCAGAGGCCGAGGAAGAGAAGGAGAACGUGCAGGCCAAGCUCAUGGCAGCAGAGGUCGAGCUGGCCCGGCUCCGCGCUAGCGAGGACCCCUCGCGCGUGCAAGAGCUCGAAGAGCUGAUCCGCACGCUCUCUGAAGACGUGAGCGAAGGCCACAAGAAGCGCAAGGAACUGCAGCAGGAAAUCCAGGACAAGGACCAGCUGCUCCAAGACGCCCACCAGCAGGCACGCCAGGCCCGGCUGGACAAGGAGGUUGCCGAGGACCGCGCCACGCGUCUCCAGGCCUCCGUCUCAGACCUCACGGAGGCGAAUGAGCGCCUGCGUUCCGAUAACAGGCAGAUGCGCGAUGAAGUCGAUGAGCUGAAACGCCGCGUGAAGACGCUUGAGGAGGAGCUGCGGCAGCUGGUGGCGGCCAUUGCGCGACUGCUCGGUAUUCCCGAACAGAAGGUCACCGCUGCCUACCUGGCCUCCCUCCCACCCAUGUCACAGGAUGGCAUUGCCAUUGAUCGGGAGCUUCUUCAGCGCGCCAACGACCCCCACGCCCGCGCAGUCCUCAACGGCAGUAUGGACGAACUUCGUGGCGCUGGCAGGCAGUCGCGUCGUGCAUGGACACCGGAAUCUGGACGGUUCAUGCGCUUCCGUGACGGGUCUGCGUCGCGUCCGGAGUCCGCGCUGUCGUCGCAUUACGGCGGCGGUCGUCGAAGCAGCGACCGAACCCGUCCACCGUCGUCUGCAUCCGAGCACUCGCGGCACCGCAGCCGCCACCCGCGCCCGUACCCACGCACAGCCGUCGCCAUCUACGACCACGUCCCAGACCCGCAGGCAUCAGACCAGGAGGUUGCGCUGCGCCAGGGCGAUUCUGUGCUGAUUCUUGGUCCGCCGCGCAGGGAUGGGCUGCAGCUCGUCGCCAUUCGCGGCAACCGCGGCCUCGCCCCUGCCUCGCACCUCAAGGAGCUGCGCGGCAAACAGCCCCGCACGCGUCUGCUGCAGCAGUUGAGUGGUGACGGUGUGCAUGCACGCACGCGCUCCGGUGCCGGCUCUCGCGACGACCUCACAUCUGCCUCGGCACAAACCGCCAACACCGCAUUUCCCCCAGGCGCAGCAAAGAUGAUGCGUGCAAGGCACGACUUUGAUCCUUCGGAAGUGGCGGAAAGCUCUGCACCCAAGGAUGAGAUGCUGUCCUUGAAGAAGGGCGAUCUUCUCACUGUGAAUGUGUGGGCACCGCGUGAGGAUGGGUUUGCCAAGGCCAUGGCUGAAGAUGGCGACAUGGGCCUUGUUCCGCUCGCCUUCUUAGAAGACGCAAGCGUCGAACCAGAACCAAGCACAAACCAGCAGCUUCCCCUGCCAGGCCAGACAUACCAGGAGCGCCUUGGCGGUACUGUGCGACCUGAGGAGCACACGCCCACCACAGUACGCGUUGGUAUGCGUGAGCCGGAAGGACCCACGGUCAGGCUCAACGGUGGCAUCACAGCACAGGGCAGCGCACCAUCCACAGCAGCAUCCACGGCAGCCGCCGCCGCCCAAAAGGGGGCGACUGCCGAUGAUGCGGAGGAAGACGAGGCCGCGGUGCAGCCCAUGAGCAGGGAUGCCCUUGACGCCGCCAUCCACACGCGCCCCUCAAAGCGCAGAUCAGGUUUGGCCAAGUUGAUUCUUGGCUCCCCAAAGCACAAGUACAAGCCUGGCGCUGUGGUUGCGCCCAUGUGAUUGACCAGCGCGCGCGUCGCUUUCACUCUGUGUUGAGGAUCCUGUGGUUAUGUGCGCGUGGUUGUGGUUUGAUACAGGUGGUUUGUGUACCCCGCCUGGCUUGCUUUUCACUCGAUGGCGCUUAAUUAUCCGGUGUUGUUGAUUGAUUGCUGGCUUGUUCUUGUUUUUCUUGUUGUGUUUGUUUCGUUCCAUUAGACACACACACACACACACGUUGCGACUCACUGCUGCCGUGUUUUCUUCCUUCUUCCAAUCCCAAUCAAUGCAUUCUGUGUCGCUGAUUCAAGUUUUGCUUGCAUCCGUCUCUUUCUGUUGUUCUGUGACGCGUCACAGUUGCUUGUGCCUCCUGUGGUGUUUGUUUGUUUGUUCAUAAAUCUGCGAGGACACACCAUGGUCCAAAAGCUACGAAAGCAC